GUUUCUGCGGGACAGUAUCUCCCUCACUCUCACUCAUGAGAUCUAUAUCUAAAUUACAUAGUUUGGCGUUCUGUAUGAGAGAAGAAUGAACACAUUUUGGGUGACACUUUUCGUAGCAGCCGUCGUCGUCGUCGGGUGUUUUAGCGCCCCAGGCCCCGAUUGCACCCCUUCGGCCCUCCUGGAGCAGCCGCCCAGGGUGAGAAACAUCUGCGCAGCUUUGUACCAGGUCUCAAACGCGCUGCAGGCUUACAUGGACGAUCAGCUAAAUUAUCAACCGAUGCUUGCAGAGGGAGCUGACGAUAAAGUCAAGAAGCAAGACCAGAUGACGGAUCAUAUAUUUUUGCGUUUCGGCCGCCGGCGUUGAGGCUCAAGUGAAUCGAUGCCCAAAAUUUAAAUAAAUGAAACACAAAAAAAUUUUAACAAAUUCGUCUCCAUUCGCCCUAAUCCCAAAGACUGUUUUAAUUUAUUUUCUAGUUAAAUAGACUUAAACUACAAUUACCGUUGUUAUGUAUAUUUGUGAUGAUAAAGCUAAUUUUAUUUUUUAAAUCAUUUUCUCUUGUCGAUAACUCGUUACGGAGUAUGGAAUGUUCAGUAUUACGAAUAUUUAAUUAAUGUGUAAAAUGUAAUUCCUAAAAUAAAAAAGUUUAAUAAUUUUCCCUGCCUC